AAAAAAAAAAAAAAAAAAGGGAAAUUGAAGUAAUGGCUGUUGCCUGCAAAAAUGCAAAUGUUUCUUCUCUUUACCAUCUCCCAUUCAAGAACUUCAGCUACUACUCUGAGGUUCAAAAUUUUUCAGUAGCCAGCCGAGUUGACCGGCGUUCGUUCUUGAGUAGAUCACUCGUUCGGACUGAGUUUCGCCGCCGUUCGCUUGAGCUACCCAUUUCUUGCCCCAAAGAGUUAUUCGAGCGCCUACUGAUUAAAGAAGACUUGAGCGAAGAGGAAGCAGAGGGAUCGCUCGAUUUCUUGCUAACCAAUGGCUCUGAAGCUUCAAUCAGCGCCUUUCUCGUUCUCCUCAGAGCCAAAGGUGAAACAUAUGAAGAGAUUGUGGCAAUGGCAAGGGCUAUGAUAAAAUGCUGCAAAAAAGUGGAUGGUUUAGAAAACGCGGUGGAUAUAGUAGGCACAGGUGGCGAUUGUUCAAACACGGUGAAUAUCUCUACCGGGGCCGCAAUUCUUGCGGCUGCCUGUGGUGCUAAAGUAGCUAAGCAAGGUAAUAGGUCUAGUUCUUCUGCGUGUGGUAGUGCGGAUGUUUUGGAAGCUUUAGGAGUGGCCAUUAGUGUCGAGCCUGAGGGAGUUAGAACUUGUGUGGAACAAGCGGGAAUCGGAUUUAUGAUGUCACCUAACUAUCAUCCGGCCAUGAAGACUUUUGCUCCCGUGAGGAAAAAGCUCGGAGUGAAGACCGUUUUUAACAUUCUUGGUCCCAUGUUAAAUCCUGCUUGUGUAUCUUUUUCGGUUGUUGGGGUUUAUAAUGAAGCAUUGGUUGGUAAGAUGGCUAAAGCAUUACAAAGAUACGGAAUGAAAAGAGCAUUAGUCGUAAAUUCUGAGGGGUUAGAUGAAAUGAGUCCACUCGGGCCUGGAGUGGUGCUUGAUAUUACACCCGAAAAGAUUGAGAAGUUUUCUUUCGACCCAUUGGAUUUUGGUAUUUCUCGGUGCACAUUAGCAGAUUUACGAGGGGGAGAUCCAAAAUACAAUGCGGAGUUGAUGAGGUUUGUGUUAUCUGGAGAGAAAGGAGCCAUUGCAGAUUCAUUUGUGUUAAAUGCAGCUGCAGCAUUGUUUGUGUGUGGGAGAGUCCACAGCUUGGGAGAAGGGAUAGCUUUGGCACGUGAAAUACAUUUGUCGGGAAAAGCUUUAGAUACUCUUAAUCGAUGGAUUAGCCUUUCGAAUAAGGUGGCAAGGCGGGACGAGCAGCAAAUCUUCUUGGGCAUGGCAUAAUGGGGAAAUGAAGAGAAGGCAAUGCAAUUUUAUUUUUUCGGUCCUCUAAAUUUAGGACUUGAUGGCUAAUGGCAAUGUUGCUUAGACUAUUGACACUUUCGUUUUCUGAAUUUUUAGCAAUCACAUCCGCACGGUUAUGUUAAUUCAACAGUGGAAAGUGAAAAUUAUCUAUACUGACUUAUUUCCGUUUAAUGA